AAUCUGGCAACACUGCUUCCAAGGAAGAAGGAACCGCUUGAGACGCAUGUGUCAAUAACUGUGCUGCAGGAUCCCGCUGCUAUGUGACUCCUUGGGACGCAUUUCUAUCAUUUUGCGUGCUUGGAAGUGAGGUUUGAAUUUAGAAGCGCCACUGGUAUCUCGGAUCAUAGUGGGAGCGAGUGGGGAGGGAGUGUAAAGGGGCUGUGGAAGUGUGGAGAGAAAAAAAAAAGGGGGGGUCUUUCUUUCCUGGUGUAUCGGAUAGCUCGCUCGUUAGCCACGACGGGACUGACGUAGAAUAUGGCGGAACAUCACCCCGUUUCUGACAGCAAACACAAAGCGCCCCCCGCCAGCCUCGGGUCCGCGUCCUACUCCGGGAAUGGACGCACCGGCAGCAGUGCCUCCUCCUCGGCGAUGGGAGAACCGGGCGGCUCCGUCGGAGGAGCAGGGGGUCUUUCGGGCGGCUUGGCACAGCCCGCCGGGUGGCAGUCCCUCCUGUCUUUCACCAUUCUCUUCCUGGCCUGGCUGGCCGGCUUCAGCUCCAGGCUCUUCGCUGUCAUCCGCUUCGAGAGCAUCAUACACGAGUUUGACCCCUGGUUCAACUACAGGUCAACCCACCACCUCACCACCAAUGGUUUCUACGAGUUCCUGAACUGGUUUGACGAAAGAGCCUGGUACCCCCUGGGCAGAAUAGUAGGGGGCACGGUGUACCCGGGCCUCAUGGUGACGGCGGGCCUCAUCCACUACGUCCUCAACCUGCUCAACAUCACGGUGCACAUCCGGGACGUGUGCGUGUUCCUGGCGCCCGUGUUCAGCGGCCUCACCGCCAUCUCCACCUACCUGCUGACCAAGGAGCUGUGGAGCCAGGGCGCCGGCCUGCUGGCCGCCUGCUUCAUCGCCAUCGUGCCCGGCUAUAUCUCCCGCUCGGUGGCCGGCUCCUUCGACAACGAGGGCAUCGCCAUCUUCGCCCUGCAGUUCACCUACUACCUCUGGGUCAAGUCGGUGAAGACGGGCUCGGUGUUCUGGGCCAUCGGAUGCUGCCUCUCCUACUUCUACAUGGUGUCGGCGUGGGGAGGAUACGUGUUCAUCAUCAACCUCAUCCCUCUCCACGUCUUUGUUCUGCUGCUUAUGCAACGCUAUAGCAAGAGAGUUUACAUCGCCUACAGCACUUUCUACAUCGUUGGCCUGGUACUCUCCAUGCAGAUCCCCUUUGUGGGCUUCCAGCCAAUCAGGACCAGUGAACACAUGGCGGCGGCAGGGGUCUUCGUGCUGCUGCAGGCCUACGCCUUCCUGCAGUACCUGAAGGACCGGCUGACCAAGCAGGAGUUCCAGACCCUCUUCUUCCUAGGCGUGUCCAUGGCCGCCGGCGUGGUGUUCAUGACCGUCAUCUACCUGACCUACACAGGCUACAUUGCUCCCUGGAGCGGGCGAUUCUACUCCCUGUGGGACACCGGCUACGCCAAGAUCCACAUCCCCAUCAUCGCGUCGGUGUCGGAGCACCAGCCCACCACCUGGGUCUCCUUCUUCUUCGACCUCCACAUCCUGGUCUGCACCUUCCCCGCCGGCCUCUGGUUCUGCAUCAAGAACAUCAACGACGAGCGCGUCUUCGUGGCCCUGUACGCCAUCAGCGCGGUGUACUUUGCGGGCGUGAUGGUGCGUCUCAUGCUGACCCUGACCCCCGUGGUGUGCAUGCUCUCGGCGGUGGCCUUCUCCAGUGUCUUCGAGCACUACCUGGGCGACGACAUGAAGCGCGAGAGCCCCCCCGUGGAGGACAGCAGCGACGAGGACGACCGCAGGAACUCUGGGAACCUCUACGACAAGGCGGGCAAAGUGCGGAAGCACGUGUCGGAGCAGGAGAAGGCGGAGGAGGGCCUGGGCCCCAACAUCAAGUCCAUCGUCACCAUGCUGAUGCUGAUGCUGCUGAUGAUGUUUGCGGUGCACUGCACCUGGGUGACCAGCAACGCCUACUCCAGCCCCAGCGUGGUGCUGGCCUCGUACAACCACGACGGCUCACGGAACAUCCUGGACGACUUCAGGGAGGCGUACUAUUGGCUGAGGCAGAACACGGACGAGCACGUGCGAGUCAUGUCCUGGUGGGACUACGGAUACCAGAUAGCGGGAAUGGCCAAUCGGACGACACUGGUGGACAACAACACGUGGAACAACAGUCACAUAGCGCUGGUGGGCAAGGCGAUGUCUUCCAACGAGAGCGCAGCCUAUGAGAUCAUGCGGUCGCUGGACGUGGACUAUGUGCUCAUCAUCUUCGGGGGCGUGAUCGGCUACUCGGGCGACGACAUCAACAAGUUCCUGUGGAUGGUGCGGAUCGCCGAGGGCGAGCACCCCAAGGACAUCAGGGAGAGCGACUACUUCACCCCCCAGGGAGAGUUCCGGGUGGACAAGGCAGGCUCCCCCACUCUGCUCAACUGCCUCAUGUACAAGAUGUCGUACUACCGCUUCGGGGAGAUGCAGCUGGACUUCCGCACGCCGCCGGGCUUCGACCGCACCCGCAACGCGGAGAUCGGCAACAAGGACAUCAAGCUGAAGCACCUGGAGGAGGCGUUCACCUCGGAGCACUGGCUGGUCAGGAUCUACAAGGUGAAGAAGCAGGAGAACCGCGACCCCGCCGAGCACCAGCUCCGCUCCACCGACACCUCCCGGCAGAAGUACACCUCCAAAAAGACGGCCAAGAGAAAGCGCGGCUUCAUCAAGAACAAGCUUCUCCUCAAGAAGGGCAAGAAGAUGACCAAGAAGUCUUUAUAGAACGAACCCAGCCACCCCACACCAACUGAGCCACAGCGGGAGACGAGAGGAGGAGAGAGAGAGGGAGGAAGGGAGGGAGGGAGAGAGAGAGAGAGAGGGAUGUUUGAGAAUGGAGGCAGAAAGAAAUCGGACAAGAAAAUCAAAUAAAAAAUCUAAAAAAAUGUGAAACGUUUAACAACAAGUGAGCGGUAAUGAAAGAGCCCGUAAGGGUCAUUAAGGACACGGCGAAAGAUCCCCCAUCCCACCCAGACCCUCAACGAGUUUUUAUCCAGGGACGGGACGAAUGUCAAAUAAUUUUUACUAUCGUCAUGGAAACGGGAAAUCGCAUUCACCCCCCCCCAAGCCCAAACCCAAAACAACACCCUGAUUAGCCCAAAUGUCUUUUUUUCUUUCGGGAGGGGUAGAAUUGGAAGGUGUGAAGCGUUGGAGAUGAGAUCAGACCAGUCUGAGAACCUCAAUCCCCGCGUCGUUUGUUUCAACAUCACAAACUUUGACCUUUUAAACCCGACCGACGAUGACCUUUCGUGACUGGCAUUUGUUUUGUUUUUUUUGUACUUGAUCGUGCGGACGACUAGGGGGAGAGAGGGAGAGAGAGAGAGAGAUUAAUGAUGCUCGAAGCAGGGUUUAUUGCACUGCUCAGUCUGCCUCGAGGCCUGCAGUGUUGGUUAGGGAGGAACCGGAAUGGGGAGGUAAGCCGCAGUAGCCACGAGAUAUCUGGGCUCUUCUGCUGCGUCCCUACUCCUCGACCAAACAUCUCCACACUUGGUUAUGGCCUCAGGAACGGGGGGGGGGGGGGUGGGGCGUUUAGGGUUUCUCCAAAGAAAAGCAGAUUCUUGUCAUUAAGAGAAGAAAAAGGAGGAGGUUGGAAAUGCUUUUUGGAAAAAACGGUCCCAAAACUAAAUGCAGUCGGUUAAUCGUCUUGAUUGUAUUUCACGAGUUUAAAUAUGUCCCGUUUGUGAUUAUCAAAGGAGAAAUUCUCUUAAAAACCUGGCAGUGUUCUUCUUGUUUUAGUUCGUCUUUUGUAGUCCAACCCAACCGAAGCCUUGGCAGAUGGCGAUAUUUUAUUGUUUGCGUCCAUCCCUGAUUAAUUUAUUGAUUAGCCUAGAUUAGAUCUCGAUUAGAACGGUCAAGCAUGCCGCGUGCGUCACACCAGGCCACCAAAAUGUGUACAAAGUCCCCAUGAGUAGCCUGCCCAAUCACCACGUCACAAACCCACCAAACUGAAGUGAAUUUGACGCGCUUGACACCAAAGGCUUUCUGUGACGUUCGCAAAAAGUCUGACCCGGUGUCGAAGCGAAUUGGAACAGGGAAUACGUGUUUAAUGUGUGCACAUUCUUUCGCCAUUUCAGUUGAUUUCAAAUGGCUACGAUGAUUAUAUCUUUCCUUUGACUAUUUCCUCUCCUGUAAUUGCCCCCUGAUUUCCACUUUGCUUCCCCGUUUGCGAAACCCACCCACAGUAGUCUUUCGAUUGCGCAUGCCUUCUUUUAAAUUCGAAUCCCCUUUUUUGCUUUCCAAUGGGGCAGAUGAAUGUUAGCCAAAAGCACUGAACACCACCUCUAGCAACCCUCAAACCAACCCCACCCACCCCCACUUCUUAAAGGCAUCCUGUGCUCCUGGCUGCCCCCUGCUGGCGGCCCCAAGCACUGCACAUAGCACCAUCAGAGCCAUUCGGUGGGAAAUCCCUUGUGUUCUGUCUGUCAGCUCUGGAUUGAUGGAUUUGUGAAACACGAGAGUGCUUCCUCUCUUUCUACGGUGAUCUUUCGCCCUGCCAGUUAUGCCCUGGAGGAUUUAGUGCAUUCUUCUCAAGGUGUGGAAGAUACUGCUAUUUCUCAGGAGCCUGAAUGUGCGCGUGUGCGUGCGUGUGUGUAUCAGUGUAUUUGAAUGGGUGAUUUGAUUACUUUUUUUGCAGAGGAUCGUUACACUUAAAAAUCAAUGUUAGCCAGAUGCUGUCAUGCUGUCCGUUUUUACUUUCUCGGCCCAUUCCUUUUAGGGUUAGUUUUGUUUUAAGUCACAACCAAACGCACUGUAAACUGAUAUUUCUGAAUAGGAUUACUAAUACGAUGCUUCUCCGCGCCAUUCGAUUGCUACCUACAAUAAACUCAGCUUUUUAUGGUAAAAAAUAUCGUUCAUGUUUCACACGCAAAAAAGUAAGAUAUAUACAAAAAAUGACAACAUAUCCAACCUGUGUGAGCAGGCUUUGUGUAACGUAAGGUGCAAGAGAGGGGGGGAGAGAGAGAGAGAUGUGCAUUGGCCUUAACAGCAGUGGCAAAGAGAAGGCAAACGUACAGAACGGACCAGAAGACCCGAGUCAAGGUUUCCCCGCGCUCGACGGAGUGUAUUUAUUACAUGAACGAUGGAGGCUGCCGCGAGAGGCGCGGAGCGUAGCGUCUUAGAUCACCAAAAGGCAAAGGGUCUUAUUUUUUCGUUUUUGAUAUUCAGUCAAGGUUUCUUCCAUUAAUUGUAAUGAGCUGGUGUGUGAGAAUGAAAGAUGCCUUUUUUGAAUAAAAGAGGUUAAAAUCAAAAGCCAGCGCGUCGUGUUUUGGUUCUUU